GCAUGGAGAAGUGGGGCAUGGAACGUUUUAACCAAAGAAAUAAAAAAUAAAUCAUUGACCUCUAACUUUCUGCCUUUUUGCCUUUUUUUUCUUCAGCCUUGUCCUAACAGCCAUCCAUUGCGACAGCAUCCAAUCUCUCGGACAUACAACGACAUAUCCUUGGGUUCAUCAGCAGAAACACUAGUAGCGAUGGCUGAUAAAUCAAAUGGCAAAGGUUCGCAGAAUGAUAAGAAGCGCCUGAGCAGUCCAGAUGUUGAGACGCCUAUGAAGCGCGUUAAAACGGAAGAGGGCGGCGAUUCGAAACCGGCCGAAUACAACAAAUACCUUGCACAUUGGAGUAAUGGUAAUGGUGACUCGGAUAGCAAAUACAACGGAAACGGCUUCGGGUUUAGCGAUAGACUGCCAAAAGGUUCUCCUCUGGCGCAUUUCGAACGACGAAAGACCACAGCCAAACAAGCAUCCGAAGCUGAGGAUAGCGACAAUAAUCCUUUUACCGGGGAACCGCACUCACAGCAGUAUUUUAACAUAUUGAAGUCGAGGCGCAACCUCCCUGUUCAUAAGCAAAGACAAGAGUUUCUCGAUCUAUAUCACAAAUCGCAAAUCCUGGUGUUCGUCGGUGAGACCGGUUCUGGUAAAACGACGCAAAUUCCUCAAUAUGUCGUCUAUGACGAACUACCACAUCUUAGUCGAAAGCUAGUUGCCUGUACGCAACCCCGACGAGUCGCCGCCAUGUCCGUUGCCCAGCGUGUUGCCGACGAGCUUGACGUUACCCUAGGAGAGGAGGUCGGUUAUAGUAUCCGUUUCGAAGACAAGACGAGUUCCAAGACGAUGCUCAAGUACAUGACCGAUGGUAUGCUGUUGAGGGAGGCGAUGCACGACCACGACAUGUCGCGAUAUAGCUGUAUUAUUUUGGACGAAGCGCACGAGCGUACCCUCGCUACCGACAUACUUAUGGCACUUCUGAAGCAAAUCACCAGGCGCAGGGCCGACCUCAAGCUUAUUGUCAUGUCUGCUACGCUAGAUGCGCAGAAGUUCCAACGAUAUUUCUUCGAUGCGCCCUUGCUCGCUGUCCCAGGUCGAACAUUCCCCGUCGAGAUUUUCUACACACCCGAGCCCGAGAAGGAUUACGUGGAGGGUGCGAUACGUACUGUGCUUCAAAUUCAUGCUGGUGAGGGCGAAGGGGACAUUCUCCUCUUUCUUACUGGCGAGGAAGAGAUCGAGGAUACAUGCAGGAAGAUCUCCCUCGAAGUCGACGAGCUUGUCAGGGAAACUGAUUGCGGACCGAUGGCGGUCUAUCCCCUUUAUGGUACCCUCCCUCCACACCAGCAGCAGAAAAUCUUCGACCCAGCACCCCCUCCGCUCAAGAAAGGUGGUAGGCCUGGUCGCAAGUGCAUCGUAUCAACAAAUAUUGCUGAGACAAGUUUGACAAUCGACGGUAUCGUCUAUGUUGUCGACCCCGGUUUCAGUAAACAGAAGAUCUAUAAUCCUCGAUUACGAGUGGAGUCGCUUUUGGUGUCUCCCAUUUCCAAGGCUUCUGCUCAGCAGCGAGCUGGUCGUGCUGGUCGAACAAAGCCUGGAAAGUGUUUCCGGCUCUAUACGGAAAAGGCGUUCAAAGAUGAGCUGAUCGAGCAGACAUAUCCAGAAAUUCUUCGAUCUAACCUUGCGAACACCGUGCUCGAGCUCAAGAAGCUUGGUGUUGUAGAUCUGGUUCAUUUCGAUCUCAUGGACCCUCCUGCUCCCGAGACCAUGAUGCGGGCUCUCGAGGAACUUAACUAUCUUAGGUGCCUCGACGACGAGGGGGAACUGACAGCUCUUGGCGGUUUAGCAUCCGAGUUUCCCUUAGAUCCCAGCUUGGCCGUCAUGCUCAUUUCGAGCCCUGAAUUCUACUGUUCGAAUGAAAUGCUCUCGAUCACUGCACUCCUCUCGGUGCCUCAGAUCUUCGUGCGCCCAGCUCAAAAGAGGCGAGAAGCUGAUGAAAUGAAGAAUUUGUUCAAGCACAACGACGGUGAUCAUUUAACUAUGCUAAAUGUGUACCACGCUUUUAAGGGGGUCUUGAACCGCAACGAAGAUGCGAGGACAUGGUGCCAUAAGCAUUAUCUGUCGUUCCGUCAUCUUUCUAGCGCGGAUAACGUCCGUGCUCAACUCAAGCGCAUUAUGGAAACGCAGGGCUUGCAUCUCAUCAGCACAGACUUCAACGAUAAAAAUUACUAUAUUAAUAUUCGUCGCGCACUUGUCACUGGCUUCUUCAUGCAAGUGGCCAAAAAGGAGAAGGAUAGGGUAUACCGCACCCUGAAAGACAACAGCCAACAAGUGAUGCUGCACCCGAGCACCGUGCUCCAGACAGAAUACGACUGGGUCCUCUACAACGAAUUUGUCAUGACAUCCAAACAUUAUAUCCGAACCGUCACCGGAAUUAAGCCGGAGUGGCUCUUGGAACUCGCCCCCGUAUAUUACGAUAUCGAGUCUUGGGACGGGCAGAAAGAUGUCAAGUUGGCACUGAAGGCAGUGGCCGACAAGAUGAGACGCCGAGCUGCUAUGAAGGGCGGCCGCUGAACUAGACUAUAAUCACCCUUAUGAAACGAGAAUACCCUGCGAGCUAGGAUGAUCAGAGUCCAAUAGUCCUUUUGAUGCAGGCUCGAGCCGACGCCUCGAGGGUAAGAAACUUGGGAUUGACAGUCUAAAGGCUAAUAAGCAUAUCUCUACGAGGGGCCUUAUUCAGAGACGGCAGUCUACAACAGAAUCUUAUUAUGGACUGCACGAUAUACUAAUUGCUGUUCCAGCGUUCUUGGAGGUGUACGAUCCGUGUCAUAUACUCAAUUUUUUAACCAAGCAGGGGUUGCAAGGCUGAGGCAAGUUAUCUUAGAUGAGAACGAGGCCGCGAUAAAUAAAUAUUAGAGCGGAUGGCCUACGGUUUAGAAGCUUAACAGAAAUGGCUUGGUCCUGAUAGCAUCGGUCUAGUAUCCGUCUAUGUAUUCAAGCUAGUUAAUUGAAUUUAUGACGGAGUUGUGCAAAA